AUGGUCGAAAUUGACAUUGAUAGUGGUAUUGAAAAUGAGAACGAAAAUGAAAGUGAAGAAAAAAUUCUUAAUAAGAAAGAGUUAAAGGAAAUUGAACGACGAAAAAAUAAGAAUAAGAAGAAAAAAGAAUCAAAAAAGAAGAAACGUAUCAACAACAAUGACAACCAACAGUUUGAGAUUUUGAACGGUUCAGAUCCAAAACAUUUAUUUGAAAGUGAUGCUCAGUUGAUUGAUAAUCUUGGAAUUGAUGUCGAAUAUAUUAGUGGUGCACCAGAAUUAGAUCAGAACGAUCCAAAUUACCAAUAUUUUGCAAAAAUUUUCGAAAAUUUUAAAAUUACCGAAGGAGAAAGGUCAAAUAACUUAGAAGGUAAUGUAAUGCAAACGAUAACGUCAACACAAAGCGAAUUUAAAAAAGAAGAAAUUCCAACGAAAGCAUCAAUAUCAGAAAAAAUAUUGCAAGAAGAAAUUAGUGAAAAACGUCGUGAACAAGAAGAAUCUGGUCAAGCACAAACGAUGAGUAAGCGAAAAAUGCGUUUAGCAAUGCAACCAACAAUUGCGGAACUGAAAGAAUGUACAUCACGUCCGGAUGUUGUUGAGUGGGCUGACGUUACAUCACGAGAUCCUCAACUACUUGUUACAUUAAAAGCUUACCGCAAUACAGUGCCAGUUCCACGACACUGGAAUGCCAAACGAAAAUAUUUGGCUGGUAAACGUGGUUUUGAACGACCACCAUUUGAUUUACCCGAUUUUAUUAAACGAACAGGUAUUAUGGAAAUGCGAGAAACGAUGUGGGAAAAAGAAGAUGCGCAAUCGUUAAAAGCAAAAAUGCGUGAACGUGCACGACCAAAAUUAGGCCGUAUCGAUAUAGAUUAUCAAAAAUUACAUGAUGCAUUUUUUAAAUGGCAGACGAAACCGGUUAUGACACAGAUGGGUGAAUUAUAUUAUGAAGGAAAAGAAUUGGAAACGAUAAUGCGUGAAAAGAAGCCGGGUGAGCUAAGUGAUGAUUUACGGAUUGCAUUAGGUAUGCCAGUUGGACCAAAUGCACAUAAAUUUCCACCACCAUGGUUAAUCGCUAUGCAGCGUUAUGGGCCACCACCGUCGUAUCCGAAUCUUAAAAUUCCUGGUUUGAAUUGUCCAAUACCAGAAGGUUGCGCAUUUGGUUAUCAUGCUGGUGGUUGGGGUAAGCCACCUGUUGAUGAAAUGGGUAAACCACUUUAUGGUGAUGUUUUUGGAAUGGAGAUGCAAUCCUUGCCAGAAAUCGACGAUGAAUCGAGAAUUGAACGACGACACUGGGGUGAAAUUGGAAGUGAUGAAGAUUCUAGUGAAGAAAGUGAAGAAGAGGAAGAAAUGGAAAAUGCAGCAGUUGAAACUGGUUUUAUUACACCAGGAACUACGGAAGGUUUCACAACGCCAUCGGGUAUUGCCUCUGGAGUACCUACUGGAGUCGACACACCGGAUACAAUUGAGUUGCGAAAAGGAAAGCGUGCUGAAGAAAGUAUUGCGGGAGGUGAUACUCCAGCGCCUCAACUUUAUACUGUUUUGCAAGAACGUAAAGUAGAAAGAAUAAGUGGUCAAAUGAUGGCUAGUACCCAUGUAUACGAUUUAGCAAAGAAAGUGAAUUUGGCUCCUGCAGCACAAGGUCCGGAUAUUGGUAUUGAAGUUUCGUUGAAUCCAGAAGACCUUGAUUUGGCAGAUCAAAAGGGUCUUGAAAAAAAAUAUGAAGAACAACUGAGAAAGCAGAACAAAGGUCGAGAUGAAGAAGAUUUUUCGGAUAUGGUAGCUGAACAUUCAGCUAAGCAAAAUCGUAAACGAAAGGUGCAGGAACAAAAGAAAAGCACUCAGCAGCAAAAGAAAUACAAAGAGUUUAAAUUUUAG